GGAUGGAGCAGGGGCUGGAGGAGGAGGAAGAGGAGGAGGAGGAAGAGGUGGACCCUCGGAUCCAGGGAGAACUGGAGAAGUUAAAUCAAUCCACGGAUGCUAUCAACAGACGGGAGACUGAACUUGAGGCUCAGCUGGAAGCUCAGAAAGCGACGCAGGACUUCCAGAGGGCCACCGAGGUGCUGCGUGCAGCCAAGGAGACCAUCUCCCUGGCCGAGCAGCGGCUGCUGGAAGAUGACAAGCGGCAGUUUGACUCGGCCUGGCAGGAGAUGCUAAACCACGCCACUCAGCGGGUCAUGGAGGCGGAACAGACCAAGACCAGGAGCGAGCUGGUGCACAAGGAGACUGCCGCCAGAUACAACGCUGCCACGGGACGCAUGCGGCAGCUGGAGAAGAAGCUCAAGAGAGCCAUCAACAAGUCCAAGCCUUAUUUUGAACUCAAGGGGAAGUACUACGUGCAGCUGGAGCAACUGAAGAAGACUGUGGACGAGCUGCAGGCCAAGCUGGCCCUGGCCAAAGGCGAGUACAAGACGGCCCUGAAGAACCUGGAGAUGAUCUCUGACGAGAUCCAUGAGCGGCGGCGCGCCAGCGCCAUGGGCCCGCGGGGCUGCGGGGUCGGGGCCGAGGGCAGCAGCCCAGCAGGAGAGGACCUGCCGGGGAGGAAGCCAGAGCCCGACGCUGUGUCUGUGGCCUCAGAGGCCUUUGAAGAUGACAACUGCAGCAACUUUGUGUCUGAGGACGACUCGGAAACCCAGUCUGUGUCCAGCUUCAGUUCAGGACCCACGAGCCCGUCCGAGAUGCCUGACCAAUUCCUGGCAGUUGCGCGGCCUGGCAGCCUAGACCUGCCCAGCCCCGUGUCCCUGUCCGAGUUUGGGGUGAUGUUCCCAGUGCUGGGCCCACGCAGCGAAUGCAGUGGGGCCUCUUCGCCCGAGUGUGAGGUAGAACGAGGAGACAGGGCCGAAGGGGCCGAGAAUAAAACAAGCGACAAAGCCAACAACAAUCGAGGUCUGGGGGUCAGCAGCACCAACAAGAGCCAGAGCCGCACAGGCACUGAGGGCCCGGCCAUGGAGGCCCGGAUGAAGCAGCUCUCCCUCCAGUGCUCCAAGGGAAGAGACAACAUCCUUGCCAACAUAAAAGUGGUGCAGAUUGGCUGAUCCUGCAGGGCCCUGGCCCACAUGCAUUAUCAAUAUUUAUACAUGAAACUGUACGGAGAACAUUGUGCCAAUAAUCAUUUAAUAGAUGCCAAAUUGUAAGGGAUGACUCCAAACUGCACUAAUGAAGUUUCAGUGACCUCGAGGGCUGAAGAUUUUUCUCGAAAGCUCUUGGGCUGGUUGGUUUUCCAGAGCAGAGGCAUUGUUACAGGUGGACUUGUGACCACCCGCCUUUGUGGGGAGCCCCUGCGGCGGCAUGGUGGAAGCAAUAACUCGCUCUGAGCGAGCUCCCGAGCCAGGAAGGGGUUGGGAAGCGAAGCCACAGGCCAGCAACAGCUUGCUUCCCUUUCCCUUCUCUCACCCAGGUCGGGGAGGCGGAUUGGUUUCUCCCUGCCACCCCAGGAGAGUCAUGUGAGAGAAUUCAGACUCAAGCACUCAAAGCACACCCUUCUCUCUCCUCUGAAGGCUUAAAAAACAACAAAAACAAAGAAAUCCUAGGAAUUGGCUAUUUAGGUCAAGAGUACAGCUUUCAUCACCUCUGGUGUUGCAGAGUGGGCUUUAAAAAAGCGUUUGAGCUCAAGACACCCACCUAGAUGCUUUACAACGUGCUUUCUAGCGAGGUUACCAUGAGCUGCACUUCUGGGGAUGGGAAAAGUGAAUGCUGACGGGGGUGGGUGGAGGGUAGCAGGGGCCUAUCAUAGGGCAUUUGUGGUGCUGAGGGAGGUUCUAUAGUGCAAACCUCACACCCUGCCUGCCAAGGGGACUUGUUCUUAAGAGAAGUGCAUGUGAACAAUGGUUGCCGAUGUUGUAUCUAGAUUGCUAAGGUGUUAAUUUCUCUGUAGGUUGUAACUUUAAAAGUAAACGACAUGAUUUAAGGGUUACGCUGCACUAGUAUUCCUUAGAGGACACGGCUCCUCAAAGCUUGGGAAGGAAGGAGGCACGUGCUGGCAAGGCUGUUCACUAGAAGCCGUGGAGUCUGUUGUGCUCAUAGUGCGUUAGGACUGCUUCUUUCCUGUUUCCAUGGUGACACCGCACAUGCACAGCACUGCAUUUCCUUAAAUUAAAAGAGCAUUUUUGAAAAAAGCAACCUCCCUGCUUCAAGUUGUCUGUUGUUCUGUCACUGCUUGUGUAUUGUAGCCAUUUGUAAAUCUCUUCAUACUGUAGUGAUGUCGCCUUUUUUAAUUGACUGACACAGUAUCCAAUUACAAGGUUAUUUUGUACUUGUCUUAAUACCUUCCAUGUAAUAAAAACUUAAGACAAUG